AACUUUAACACAUCACAGCAGACGCGCGCAAUUCUUUCCAUAUUUUGCUGCUGGAAGCUUGUCAUGGUCGUCUGCUCCGCUCGCGAUCUUUUGUUUGACUUGCUUUUUGUGUGGACGAAGCCCCCACUCACCAGUGGCCUUUCAUUCUUCGUUUGAGCGGCGAGAGCGCAAACAACGGGGAAGACAGCGACCGAAGCGACCAGCAGCGGCAAGCCAUCAACUGAUAGCGAACUACAGGACAGAAACAGACACAGAGAGCGAGCACCGAGCGACGACAGAGACACCGAACACUCGACUAACGCCUAUCUCGUGUCCAGAAGGGCCUCCUCUGUGAGUGGAGAGCUCUUCUCGGGCAACUUACCGCCUCUUCCCCUCCUAGGGUUGAGCGCCUUGUGCAUUGAUUGUGUCUGUGUUCCCAAGAGGUGGAUCGAUCUGUCCUUCGGCUUCCUUGUGUAGCGGGGGGUCUGCAUCGGUUCGACUUCGUUGCAUUUCAUUCAUUUUCCUAAGUAAAACAAACAAAAAACUAAAACAAACUAAACCCCAGAAAAACAGAAAGAAAAACAGUAAAACAAACAGAAAAAAGUAGUGCAUUUAGUCUAGUUCAAGCAAGUAAGGAUGACGAGAAACGAGAAAAACAAGAGAGAGAAGACAGGAAGCAACUGGAGUGGCAUGACGCACGCCAGGCUCGUCGCUACGAGUCUAUUCGGCAUCUGGAAUUUCUGGAUGCUACAGGUCUCGUCGGCGCCCACGACGGUCAAGUCCUGGACACGCGACGACGCGGACUUGACGACGGUCAACUGCUCGGCAUUGUCGCCACCCCCGGACACUCCGUUCUGGGAGGCGAUGGACCGCUGUUACGAUUGCGCCACAGAGCCGUCGUGCGGCUUUUGCCGAUCCACGCUGACAUGCGUGCCGGGCAACCUCCACGGACCAUUUGCUCGGUACCAGAUCUGGUGCAGCGACUGGAUCCCGGAGGCGGAGGCCUGCCCCGUGAACCCGCAAUGCGAAACCAUCACCGACUGCGGCAACUGUGCCGCGUCGAGUGAAUGUGUUUGGUGUGCUUCCGAUGCAUCGUGCAUGGCGGUGGAAGAGGGCAUUGGCUCUGGAUGCAAGGCACUCGUCAGCGACGCGCCAUGUCCCGAGGUGAUUGUUCCAGAGACGAUCAUUGUCGGCGAUGUCAUCAUCCACCAGGAGCCGCCGAACGUACGCAGGGGGGUCGUUGUCACAGGUGUUACGAAACACUCGAUAAACUAUUCCCUUGUCGUGAACCAAUCCACCGUAUCUGUACAGUCAGGCGGCAGCAUCACGCUGCGUGGCGGCGACGACAAUAGGUUCAACACUGCCGGUAGUGACGUCACGAUUGCUGCUGGCGAUGGAGUGCAUCAGAACCGUGGGCGUGGCGGCACUGUCGCGAUCUCCGGCGGUGACGGGCUCGGUAUCCAGAACUUUGAUAAAUCGGUCACAGGCGGUGCUGUGAAGCUAACAGGUGGAAUGUCGAAGGUCGGGACCGGAGGUAACAUCGAUGUGGCAGGUGGUGUAGGCGCAACCACUGGUGGAUCAAUCAAUCUUGCUUCCGGCACGAGUUCUGCUUCGACUAGUGGCAGUGUUACGAUCAAGACUGCCGGCGUCAUCACCAAGGGCGAUUCCGGGAGAGUCGCUGUAGAGACUGGAAGCGCGAUAAAUGGGGCGUCAGGCUCGAUGGAGUUCCGCACUGGUACUUCAUCGUCGGGCGAGGCAGGGUCGAUUGUACUGUCCAGUGGAUCCUCUGACGCCGGCAAAGGUGGCAACGUUGUCGUUCGCGGGGGAUCGUCUGGCGGGGAUGAAGUCGGUGGGUCUGUGCGCAUGGAGACUGGUGCAUCUGCGACCAAAGCUUCUGGCGGAGUGGUCAUCGUAACUGGCAACUCUGGAGUGAAUGGUUCCAGCGGUGCCGUUGUGAUUGGAACGGGUAACUCGACAUCUCGAUCGACUGGCCCGUUAUACCUGUUCACUGGAAAUGCAAAUGACUCAAGCACCGGUUCAAUUUCUCUUUCGGUUGGCACCGGUAAAACUGAUAGGGGUGGAGAGAUCCUUGCUACAGCAGGCUCUACAACCAAAUUAGGAGGCACCGGAGGCGCGGUCAAAAUCAUAGGAGGAGAUGGAGCUAACACCGAUGAGUCCGCUGGAGGUACAACUACUAUCAGCGGUGGCGCUUCGAUGGGAACGUUAAACACAUCCGUCGGUGGUCACGUGAUUGUGGUAGGCGGAAAUGCAACUGGUGGAGCUGGUGGGUCGAUUACGAUUCUUAGUGGGCUUAGUCUGAAUGACUCGAGCGGAGCUGUUGUCAUUCAAACGGCGGUCAGCUCUCAAGGGGGGAGUGGCAGUGUUCGUCUCUCAACAGGAGAUUCCGCACCAGACUCGGGGCGGGUUGAAAUAUCUACAGGUAGUUCGACCGAUGGCAACAGCGGUCCUAUCCAGCUAAGUGGAGGCAAGGCAGCCGGUGGAAAUGGUGGUGGAAUUACUCUCACAGGUGGGCCAACUGAAAGUGGUAUUGGUGGGGCAAUCCACCUUUCAUCCGGAGUGAGCACGUCAGGAAUUAGCGGAAGUGUCGAAGUGACUACGGCAGCUAGUACUCAUGGAAAAGGCACAGGGUCCCUGAGUCUUACGAGUGGUCCCGCUAGUCGUGGUGUAUCUGGAAGUGUUACCGUUGGAACAGGGUAUACUGUCCGUAGCCCUGCGGGAAAUCUACAACUUCAAGCGGGGUCUUCAUCGGAAAGCACACCCGGGAGCGUUAACAUUGCUAGUGGUAGCACAGCAUCUGAUUCCGGUGUUGGCGGUGCUAUUACGCUUAGUGGGGGGUAUGGUUUGUCUUCAAAUGGUGGCGUCGGCGGCGAGGUUAUUAUAGCUGGAGGCGGCGGACAUGGCCUUCAUUCCCAAGCUGAAGGAGAUGGAGGUCGGGUGAAGCUUGCUGGAGGACAAUCGAUUGACGGGAGCGGUGGAGAGCUUCUGUUUCAAGGUGGGAGUAGUACCUCUUCCGUUGGUGGAGCUGUUAACCUUGUGAGCGGCGCAUCAAGCCUCAGUUCGUCUGGUACAGUUCACGUGGCGUCGGCGAAUGCAGCUGCUUUUGGCAACUCUGGAAACUUAGUCAUGAACACUGGCAACACCCUGCUAGGAAGAGCUGGUUCAAUCAACCUCGAAACUGGAACCUCUGAAGGCCAAGCUGGAAGUGUUUCAGUUUUGGUCGGUUCUAAUGGAAUUGGUGACGGCGGUGACAUAUCUGUCGAGUCUGGUUCCUCGAACCAUGCUGCUACCACAGGUGGAGCUCUGCUCUUAAGAGGAGGCUCAGGCAAGAGUGACAAUUCUGGUGACGGAGGUGAUGGCGGCCGGGUUGUGUUAGCUGGUGGUUCGUCGCUCGGAUCUUCGGCUCAAGACUCUGGUGGCGCAGUCUUUAUUCAGGGCGGUGAAGCUCAAAGUGGUGUCGGUGGUAACGUCAAGAUGAUUUCGGGAAUAAGCGCUUACUCCUGGAGUGGUGCUGUUGAAAUUGCAUCAGCCCAGGCUGCGAGUGGAGGCAUGAGUGGCACGUUGUCACUUGCCACUGGAAACAGCCCUGACGGCACCGCUGGAUCUGUAAAGGUGUCUACGGGUAGAGCAUCGAGAGGCAAUAGUGGGACGAUCGAAGUUGCUGUUGGAGCUGGUGACGCGACUGAUGGCGGAGACGUUCAAGUUAGUGCAGGAGAGUCAUCAGGGAUGGGCCACACUGGAGGUAAAGUUACGCUAACUGGUGGCACUGGCUCAAGCACAAAUGCCGUAGACGGUGGAGACGGUGGUGACGUUGACAUUAUCGGCGGUGAAGCACGUGGUUCAAACUCCCUUGAUAACGGUGGCAGCAUUAAUGUAGCUGGCGGUCGAGGGUCGUUUGGAUAUGGAGGUGAUUUGUCCAUGCAGUCUGGAUCCGGUGUUGCCAGUUCUAGUGGGUCUGUGUACAUAAGUACAUCAGACGCAGGCUCGCGCGGUGUAAGUGGUAUGGUCACUCUCGCCACUGGAACAUCUUCGUAUGGAAACUCGGGUCCAAUGAGCCUAAGUACCGGCACGGCCAAAGGCGGCAAAGGAGGCCAGUUUCAGGUCCUUGUUGGUAACGGUGACUUCGGCGAAGGAGGCUUGAUCUCCAUGGAAGCAGGUAGUACGACUGAUACUCGGACGGGAGGAUUUAUAUCACUUCUCUCUGGCGCAAGCCAGGCAACCUCGAGCGGUGAUAUAACGGUGAAUACUGCUAAUGCCGGUGGUUCUGGAGGAAGCGGAGGCGUUAAGGUCCAAACCGGAACUGCUACUGCCACAGAUUCUGGUGCACUCGUGUUGUCGACUGGUUCUGCGACGCUUGGACAUGGUGGCGACGUUAUUGCUACUGUUGGUACUGGAACGAAAACAGAUGGCGGUCAAGUUCAGUUGACUGCUGGAGCGACAACUGAUAAUGGUAAAACAGGAGGAACUGUCGCCAUCCAAGCCGGCGAGGGAACCAGCACUGCUUUCCAUAACGGAGGUAAUGGAGGUGUUGUGAAAGUGACUGGUGGAGCUUCUCAAGGCGGAAGUACUGCAAUCAACACUGGUGGAGGUAUCUUUCUGGAGGGUGGUUAUGCAAACAAAGGUCGUGGUGGGAGUAUCCGCCUCGAUACUGGCUUUAGUGCGGCCACAUCCAGCGGCGCAGUGUCUAUUGCGACUGCUGCUUCGGGUAGGAAGGGCACUAGUGGCUCUGCAAUUAUCAGUACUGGCGAUAGUACUGCCGGUGAUAGCGGUGAGAUCAGUGUGUACAGCGGCCAAGCUCUCAAGGGCAAAGGUGGAUACAUUUCGCUUUCGGUUGGAAACAACACCGAGAACGCGGGAGGAGAUGUGACUGUUAGUGCUGGACUUGCUCUACAGAAAUACACUGGAGGUUCGAUCACCCUUACUACGGGUGCUUCUGUACGAACUACUUCGGGUGAUUUUCUUGUCCAGACGCCAAAUGGUGGCCCAGAAGGUGGAUCGGGAUCACUGACAUUCACUACCGGUAAAAGCCAAACUACAGACAGCGGUGCGAUGACAUUUGUCACGGGUCUUGCAAACAAAGGCCACGGCGGAAAUGUGAUUGUGUCUGUUGGCGUAGGAGAUACGAACAACGGUGGGGAUGUGAAUAUCACUGCCGGGGAUACUUCCGCGGCUGCUAAAGUGGGAGGAGGAAUCUCGCUCCAAGCAGGAUCUGGUACAAAUACUCAUGGAAGCAAUGGCGGCGAUGGGGGUGCUGUUCAAAUUCGCGGAGGCCAAGGAAUGGGUGGAAAAAAAGAUUUUGACAUCGGUGGAAUGGUUCAUCUUGAAGGAGGAGCAAGUAGAGCCUCAACAGGGGGCAAGAUUGAGCUUUUUUCUGGCACUGGAAUGAGUUCUAGCAGCGGAGAUAUAGCGCUCAUGACUGUCGACUCUGCAAAAAAAGGAGUGUCAGGAACGCUUCAGCUUGAAACCGGAAAUUCCACCUCAGGCCCGAGUGGAUCGGUUCUUAUAGUGACUGGGAACUCUUUGCCUGGACCGGCCGGUGACAUCAUUAUCUCUGUUGGAACAGGUAGAACAGGUAGUGGUGGGCGUGCUGCAAUUAGUGGGGGUGAUAUGAGCGAUAUGAGAUCAACUGGUGGUGCAGUUGAUAUCACGGGCGGUCGUGGAACUAGCCGCAAUGCUCAAUGGGGUGGAAAGGGCGGCCCUGUCAACGUUGUUGGCGGAUAUGCUGGCGGCCAAAGUGGCAGUGAUAUCGCUGGAGCUGUGACCAUUCAAGGCGGUCAAGCCCACAAAGGGAGUGGCGGUGCUGUUAACAUUGUCUCUGGCGUCCCAGAAUUUUUCUCGAGUGGAAAUAUUGAAAUUCGUACGUCAGAUUCAGGAUUCUACGGCGUUAGUGGAUCGAUGAUUACUCGCACGGGUAAAUCACAAGCUGGUGACUCGGGCAGCUACACUCUUCGAACUGGUGAUUCUGAUAAGGGUAGCAGCGGUAGUAUCGACAUCGCUAUUGGUAACAGUCUUGCUAAGGCUGGUGGCGACUUUAAGCUGAAAGGUGGAUCAACGUCUGCGGAGGGACAACCUGGUGGAAAUAUAGUUGUUUCAUCUGGUUCCAGCACGAAGGGUGAUAGCGGUAGCGUUACCGUGAGCACCAACAACUCCGGGACAGCUGGAGUCAGCGGAUCUAUUGCUGUUUCAUCUGGCACUGCUGCAAAAGGGGACUCGGGUAUGAUCUCGCUAACAACGGGUAGCUCAAUGGGAGGUCAUGGCGGCAAUGUUGAGGUCUUGGUUGGUAUUGGUAGUACUGGAAACGGAGGAGACAUAACUGCGCGAGCUGGUGAUACCACGGCCACAGCCUCGGUUGGUGGAAAGAUUUCGCUGACUGCAGGUAGUGGUUUGAGCACUGAUCUGAAGAACGGCGGUGAUGGAGGUGAUGUCGUCGUGUCAGGUGGUGACGCUAGUGGUAAAAACUCCGCGACAGACGUCGGUGGAUCUAUUCACCUGUUCAGUGGCAAAGGAAACGCUGCAACAGGUGGAUCCGUGACUAUCGUAACCGGGAAUGCAACCUCCUCUUCAAGUGGUGAUGUGAGAAUCUCCACGGGUGACUCCAUUGAGAGAACCACUCAGUCAUCGGGAAGCAUCAGCUUCACUACUGGUGCUACUGCUAAUGAGGCUAGUGGAGCUAUUUCGUUGCGGUCUGGCUCAGCGACGAAAGGAACGAGUGGAGACAUUACUGUGCAAGGUGGGAGUAGCCUUCAAGGAGCAUCAAACGUGGUCGUCCAGGCAGGAAGUACUUCUGCUACAAAGGGCGGGUCCGUAGUCAUUGUUACAGGAGUCUCUUUUCCUGGCUCCAGUGGCGACAUCAACAUCAGCUCUGAACGGAGCGGCACUAGCGGUAGCAGUGGCGCCGUGAACGUGUACUCGGGAUAUUCUCGAGGCGGGUCUUCCGGCGCCGUCACACUAAGUUCUGGUGCGUCGGAACGCGGAUCUGGUGGAGACAUCCAGCUUUCCGUGGGAUCAGGCGUCGGUCACCAGGGGGGCAAUGUUGGCGUCACUGCUGGAGCGACUACUCAUGCUGAUGGCGGCGGCAGUGUUGCUAUUCAGUCCGGACAGAGUACUACAUCGUCCAGCGGAAGCGUAAUGUUGUCAACAGCUGAUGCCGGAAAGGAAGGAUACUCAGGAUCCGUUGUGAUCCAAACGGGAACUUCCACUGAUAUGCCUGGCUCCGGAAAUGUUGCACUCCUUACUGGUGAUGCCCUCAACGGUGGAGGUGGUAACAUCACAGUUGCAGUCGGCAUUGCCUCUGUUGGUGAUGGUGGGUCGAUUCAGCUAGUAGGAGGAGACUCCACGGCUGCUCGUGCUCAAGGAGGCAGUGUCCGACUUACUGGUGGUAAUGGACGCUCGAGUGAUGAUAAGGAUGGAGGCAACGGUGGUGAUGUGGAGAUCGUGGCCGGGUCGUCUGAUGGCAUGAAUAAAGCAGAUGAUCAAGGAGGAGCUGUUGCGAUCUCUGGUGGGGACGCCGCGGAGUCUUCUGGCGGCGCAGUCUCGAUCACUUCUGGUUCCUCGUUGGGUGCAUCAAGCGGUGACGUCUCAAUCGAUACGGCUGAUGCGUCUAGUUUGACUGGCGCAAUUGAGCUCCACACUGGCAUAUCCAGUCUUGGUGGAUCUGGAAGCGUUGACGUACGGACGGGUGAUGCCAACAGUGGGAGAGCAGGCUCGAUUAACAUCGUGGUCGGUACGGGGUCAAACGCAGCUGGUGGAGAUGUCUCUGUUUCUGCCGGUUCGACAACUUCUUCGAAAACCAGAGGUGGUAAGGUUGCUAUCGUGACUGGAUACAACUCGGCGACUUCUAGUGGCCAUCUGUCCUUGGAAACUCCAGAUUCUGCAAAAGACGACGGGUCGUCUGGCCACAUUUCUUUGAAAACUGGUGAUUCGGCAGCCAAGUCUGUUGGAUCCAUUGUUCUUAGCACUGGUUUAGGUGCAGUCUCGGAUGGUGCCGGUAUUCAAGUCGCUGCCGGGAAGGCAAGCGCUGGAAAUGGUCAAUCGGUUAACAUUACUGGUGGAGAUGCACUACAGGCUGAAGAUGCUGUCGCUGGCAGUGUCACUGUUGUUGGCGGUGUCGGGCUUGGAGACGAUGAAGCUGGUGGUGGUCGUGGCGGUUCCGUGAAAUUGGUGGGUGGUAAAAGUUAUGGAGGUUCUCUAACCACUGACGUUGGCGGAUCGAUUGCUCUUCAAGGUGGUGAAGCUAUUGCUGCGUCUGGUGGCUCUGUCAGCAUUAUCAGUGGUUCGAAUACAAUCUCAUCUAGCGGAGAUGUUUCAUUGCAGACCCACGAUGCCUCUAUUGAUGGGAGCAGUGGACUUGUCAAUAUCAUUACUGGUCAAGGUGCGGUGAGGUCAGGAUCCGUUUCGAUAUCUUCGGGUGUGUCAUCUGUUGGCACAACUGGAAACGUGACUCUUGGCUCCGGUGGCGCUAGUGCUGGGAUAUCUGGAUCGGUUGCCGUGUCUACAGGUAAUACCGGUACUGGUGCUCCAGGCUCAAUUGCACUGAGCACCGGAAGUAGCAGUUCUGGCGUUGGGGGUAACUUCAUAGUUCGCCUCGGAUUGAACAACGGAAAUAUCUCAUUGGGUGCUGGAGAAUCUGCUUUGGGGACUGGAGGCUCGAUCCGCCUUGGUACUGGAGCCGGCCUGGUGUCAUCAGGGUCUGUCUCUGUUUCAACUGCUGAUUCUGGUGCCGCAACUACAGCUUCUACUGGUGCCAUUGAAAUUGCUACCGGAAACUCACCACAAGGUGCUUCUGGGCCCGUAAAGAUUAAGACAGGAGAUUCAGGGGUUGACGGAGGUAGUAUCGCAGUUGCUGCUGGGUCAUCCUCUGAAACUAAAGGAUCCCUGCUAACUUUAUUUGCGGGAAGCACUACAGGUGCUCUUGGAGAUGGUGGCAAUAUAGCACUCGGUGGAGGUGGAUCAGAAACCGCCACUGGGGGUCAUACAGCUAUUGUUGCUGGUGGUGGCAAAACUGGUGGCGAGCUAUCUCUUCGCUCUGGAGCUGGAACGACCCUUGAUGGAGGGAAAGUCUCGCUCAUCUCAGGAGCAAGUGAAAACGCCGACAGCGGUGAAGUACUAAUUCAAUCUGCGGCAGGUGCCGUCAAUAGCGGACUUGUUAAGGUUGGAUCAGGCUCUGCCCAAACUUCGUCUAGCCCUGUCCGCCUUUUUACUGGAUCUGCAUCAACGGGAAAGGCAGGUUCUAUUGACAUUCGGGGAGGUAGCGGCACAGUAGACGAUGGAGGCGCAGUUUAUCUUACUGGCGGUGGCAACCCCUCUGCACUUGGUGGCUCUGUCAUUGUGUCUUCAGGCUCCGGAAAAGUAAGUGGUGACGUCACCGUGCAAUCUGGGGAAGCUGAAGCUGGUGGCGACAGCGGUGUGUUGCGUCUUAGAACUUCGGAAAAUACCGACUCGUCUGGCAGUGUGAAGAUUUCGUCUGGCGACUCCACGAAUAAGCAGAGCGGCAGCGUGGAGCUAAGCGCUGGUACGGGCUCCACUGCUGGGGGUAUCGUUUCCAUAACUGGGUCUUCUAGUGCUCAGGUUACAGGUGGUGAUGUCGCGAUCAAGAGCGGUUCGUCUACUGCAAAUCUGAGUAACGGUGGUUCCAUUCAAAUUACCACUGGCUCGGGUGCUACUAGCGGUACCUUGACUGCGGUAACUGCCAGCUCCUCUUGGAGUGGCGGGGCGAUUAUUGGCAGUGGGGACGCAACGACUGGUGUGAGUGGAGAUGUCACUCUUCAAACUGGCUCCAGCAUUAUCGGUUCAACCGGAUCAUUUCGAAUGACUGUUGGCACGAGCGCAUCUUCGAGCGGAGGCGACAUUAUUCUUGCAUCCGGCAAAGGAUCUACCCAGGGUGGGAACAUUGAAAUCGCUAGUGGUACAGCUUCCGCGGCAGCUGGAACUGGUGGACACCUGGCGCUAAAGUCUGGAGGUGGUGAUGUGGUUGUAUCUGGGAUGAACGUAACAGCUUCCCACAUGAGUGUGUCAGGUGAUGGAUCUAUUAGGGUGAAGGCGGCCACUACCUCAACCAUGGAGAUUCGCGGGGGUAACAACAUGAAUAUCAGUGUUGAUACUGGGGAACUUACGGUAUCUCACGGAGAAACCACGGUACCUGGAGGAGUAAUCUGGCGCUUGCAGCCGAAUAAGAUGAUUAGUCAUGUUCCAGCGCAAAUUACGGAAGUCACAUACCCGUCAGAUCGUCGCAUCAAGACUGAUAUCCAAGAUAUUGAUGAGGACGAUAUCCUACAGCGAAUUCAGACUCUCGAAGUAAAAAAGUAUCGGUACUCGAAGAUGUGGCGAGAGAUACGCGGAAUUCCCGACGUAACCGUUCGCGGUGUGAUUGCUCAGCAAGUGGAGGAAACCUUUCCGGAAUACGUGACUAUAUCAACGCUAUCGCUUCCAGAGAAAAACUUUAGCUUGGAACAAUUUCACGAAGUUAACAAACAGCAGAUCACGAUGGAUUUGAUCGCUGCUAUUCACGCCCAACACAAGCGGUUUAAGGUUGGGCCCAAUAGCGAAACUCAAAGUGGGCGGAUUGAUAUUGCUACGGCUGAUGGGGGAUCUUACGCAAACGCUUCCCCAACCGGCAGUAGCGGCGAUAUCAGCAUCGAAUCAGGAUCGUCCAGUUUUAGUAAAAGCGGAGAUGUGAAUAUUGCGAGUGGAGGAGCCCAAGCCAAUUCAGGUGCAAUCAGCAUUCGAGCCGGAGACAGUAUGACUGGAGACGGUGGAUCUUUAGUACUUGAAGCAGGAUCGUCUCAAGGGAGCGGAACAGCUGCUGGGAGUGUCGUGAUCGCUAGUGGUGGGAAUUAUGAGAAUCCUGGAAAUGUCAAUUUGCAGACCCCAGAUUCUCGUGGAAGUCGCAACAGCGGAAGUAUCUCCGUGACCACGGGUUGGUCUGCAUUUGGAGAGAGCGGAUCAAUAGCCAUCAGCACAGGCGACUCGUUUGUGGGUGCUAAAGGUGUUGUCGAUGUUACAUCAACAUCUACUCGGGUUUUUGGUGCCUUUUCGGUUAAUGCAGAAUCAGGCCAAAAAUCUGGUGUUGCUGCUGACGUUCAACUGCAUACCGCUAGUAGCGAUGCCCGCUCCGGUGAUAUUAAACUUUCCACGACCUCGGUUCAGAGCGUCCGUAAAGCUGGCUCCCUGACUUUUGAAAGUGGUACAGGUCUUGACAAGAGUGGAGACAUCGAGCUUCUGUCCGGGCGUACUUUCAAUGGAGAUCCUAGCGUUUCUACGACUCCCCCUGUGCCAGGAAACGUGAUUGUACAAGCUGGAGAUUCUGCCGGUCUCGGCGGCAACGUGACUCUCACUUCAGGAAGCGGCCACAUCGAAUCGGGCACUAUAUCUUUAUUGUCCCCUAGCUCUUCACAAGGAACCGGCGGAUCGAUUGCAAUUCGAUCACAACAGUCAGAAACAAGUGCUACAGGUGCAGUUGUCAUCGAAUCUGGGAAAACUGUCUCCGAGUCAUCCGGAUCCAUUCAACUUCAAUCUGGGUCUACCUCGUCCUCGAAUGCAGGUGCUGUAGCAAUAAUGGCAGGACAGUCAGAUACUGGACAAGCCGGUAACGUGAACAUGGGCGGCGGUUCUUCGUCUUCGAGCGGGUCUGGCGGAGCUGUUCGUGUGUCUGGCGGCUCGUCAUCGAGCGGCAUUGGCGCGCAGAAGGUGAAGAUCAUCGGAUCUGCGAACUCUCAAGGAGCAGGAGGCGAUGUGUCGAUUGAUGGCGGGUCGUCAAGAUCUUUGAGUGGCGGUAGCGUUCGUAUCGGCGGUGGGAGUAGCAGUACGUCAAGCGCUGGUGGUGUGGUGAUUCGUGGCCGAGACUCAGUUUUGGACGGGGGCCAAGUGACUCUGUUAGGAGGCACGAGCAACUCUACAACAGGUGGGAAUGUUUCUGUUAUCGGCGGUGAUGUUAUGGGAAAAGGGAAGUCGACAGUCGCAGGAUCAAUUAAUCUGGCCGGAGGAGCGUCACCAAUCAUUGGUACUGGGGGUUCUGUCUCUGUCAGCGGAGGUGCUGGUGCUGAUUCUGGUGGGAGCGUCAGCGUUCUCGCUGGAUCGGGGUCAAAAAUUGCAGGAGGAAACGUGCAGCUUUCUUCUGGCGAUGGUGCUCAGAGCGGAUUUAUCCGUAUCGAAACGGGAAGUGCUUCUACAGCGCAAUCUGGUGAUGUUCAUAUCAAGUCCGGAAGCUCGUCUACUUGGGUAUCUGGAUCUGUCUUUAUGCAAGCAGGAGCCAGCGGAAAGGCAAAAGGCGGCGAUGUGGUCGUCAGUGCCGGCAGCAGCUCGUUUGGUGGAACUGGUGGCAGUGUUUCCAUCCAGAGCGGUAUCAACUCAGUUGGUCAAAGUGGUGACGUUAUCAUCGCCAGUCAGACUUCUGUGUCGCGUGCGGGGAGCGGUUUACUUUCCGUCUCAAGUGGUCAAGUGAAACAAGGUUCGAGUGGUUCGCUGCAAUUGUCCAGUGGGGGGAGCGAACUGGGACAGUCUGGCUCGUUAUAUUUGUCUACCGGUGACUCAAAGGGACCUCAAGGGGACAUUCGUAUCGCCGCAGGGACAAGUGUAGAUUCGUCUUCCAGUGGCGGAUCAAUCUCGUUGAGUGCAUCAAGCAGCGGCAUGGUCAACAUAACAACAGCAAGUCGCACAUCUACUGCAUCAGGAGAUGUGGUCAUCCAAGUGGGUCCUACAUCCACGAUGAGUUCAGGCGGAAACGUCAACAUUUCUGCGGGUUCUCUCUCUGGACGUUCUGGUGUUGGUGGCAGCAUCCUUCUACAAGGCGGUAGUGCUGUCUCUUCUUCGCGUGAUAACAGUGAUGGCGGGGCUAUCGCACUUUCGGGUGGGCCGAGUACGAGCCGUUUUGGCGGUUCUGUGCAAGUCACAUCGGGUGCUGGUCUCAUUCAGAGCGGAGCUAUCCAAGUGGUAAGCGCUGUUGGAGGUGCAUCAGGCGUUGUAGGAUCAAGCGGUGCAACGUCAGUUGGAAGUGGACGCUCUGUCACGUCUUCAUCAGGACGUGUUACUCUGUCGUCGGGGCUCUCAUCCGGGGCUAGCAGCGGCGACGUGUCAGUACAGUCGGGUGCAGCGGCUACAGCUGCGGGCCGUGUAUUUGUGUCGGGUGGCUCUAGCAGCUCCUCGACAGGUGGCGCGGUGUCUGUGUCAAGUGGCGCUGGCAGUGUGUCUAGCGGCACUGUGUCGAUUAGUAGCAGAAAUGCUAGCGCUGUGUCUACGUCUGGUGAAGUGUCGAUCUUGUCUGGCGACGCGGUGGACGGUGGUUCCGGCGCUGUGCGUGUGUCCAGCGGCUCAAGCAACACAGGAUCCGGUGGCUCGGUGAGCGUUGUGGGCGGUUCUAGCGACGCGGCAGCAUCGGGAGGCAACGUAGUCGUGAGCGGCGGCGAGUCACAAACGGGACCUUCCGGGUCGAUGGACCGGCAUUGGCGGUGA